CGCGGUCAGACUUCGGGGGAUGCUGAGCUGCCGCCUCCAUAGUGUCCUCGGAGGAGCCGCCACCGCCGCCUGAGAAACAGCAGCGGCAGCCCACGCCUCGGUCACUGGAAGCGGGCUUCUGGGAACGGAUAGGCCUGGGAGUAAGCCCCGGGGUGGUGGUGGAAAGGAAUCCGGAAUUGACUGCCGAGGGCGGGGAAAGAUUGUAAUAGGAGGCCGGGGUCUGGGCCGCGCAGUGUGACGGGGAUGUCGGCGUCUAAUCUAGAAGACUGGUAACAUCAACGGGGCGCCGCUUGUAACACCCUAAGUCGAAGGCAUAUUUUGCACCGGGAAAGGAAGACGUGGCCUUUUCUCUUCUUGCACUUGUCAUCUCGUUGCCUUGGAGCCAUAGAGCCACAUCGCCCCCAAGCACCGCAACUUCCCAGCACUUGGAGAUGAGAAGACAAGCAGAGUUGUGUUAAGGGUUACUCCUCUUUCAGCUGCGCUCAUUCAGGUUCCACCAUGAGGGCUGUAAUGCAGAAAUAAUUACCGGUUUACUGAUCGAUGGAUAAAGUUGGGAAGAUGUGGAAUACAUUCAAAUAUCGGUGCCAGAAUCUAUUCAGCCAUGAAGAUGACGGAAAUCAAACAAACGUGGUGGAUGUUAAUGCAAACAGGUGUUUGGGUGGCGGGGAGAAGGCAGAAACUUCCUUUAGUCAGUCACCCGUGUCGUCAGCAAAUCUUUUGCAGAGGAGCGUCUCAUCUGAACUAAACUUGACUGCCUGUAGUAGCUCAAAUAGGAGAAAUCCAAAUUGCGUGUCUGAAAUGCCACAGCUAGUUGAAAUAAGUAUUGAAAAAGACAAUGAUGUGGGCCUCAGUGCCAGCGCCCGUCUGGCCCGAAGGGACUCCUACACUCGCCAUGCUCCAUGGGGCGGUAAGAAGAAACAUUCUUGCUCCACCAAAACCCAGAACUCUCUUGAUUCCGAUAAGAAAAUUGUCAGACAGAGGAGUGGCCUCCCACGAAGAGAUCGAAGACAUGUAGUAGGAUCCGUUCACGACAUGGAGGUUGUGUCAAGUAGAGCUAUCGGAAGUCGCAGUAUAAGACAGAGACUCAAUGAGACUGUAGGGUUGUGCUUUCCUAUUAGAACAUACAACAGACCAUCAAAGCCACUCUUUGCAACCAAGAGAAAAAUUCAUCUUUCGGAGCUGAUGCUUGAAAAGUGCCCAUUUCCGCCAGGCUCUGACCUGGCUCAGAAAUGGCACCUGAUUAAACAACAUACAGCCCCCGUCAGUCCCCACUCGAGCAUAUUGGAUACUUUCGAGCAGACUCUCUCCACUGAAGAUGAAGAAGAUCGAUUGCGUGAGAGGCGUAGACUUAGCAUUGAAGAAGGUGUUGAUCCUCCUCCCAAUGCCCAGAUCCACACAUUCGAAGCUACAGCACAAGUUAACCCAGUAUAUAAGCUUGGACCAAAACUUGCUCCUGGCAUGGCAGACAUGUCAGCGGACAAUAGUGUAGUGUCACAUGGUGGUUGUGAGUCCGAAGAAGAUGGCACGACUCUCUGUCUACAGUCACGUCGACAGAAGCAGCGCCAGUUUUCAGGAGACGGCCAUAUGCAAACUAAUAGACAGGGGGCUUGGAAAGUCCACACACAAAUUGAUUAUAUUCACUGCCUUGUGCCAGAUCUAAUAGAGAUUACAGGCAACCCCUGUUACUGGGGAGUCAUGGAUCGAUAUGAGGCAGAAGCAUUGCUGGAAGGCAGGCCAGAAGGCACAUUUUUGCUCAGGGAUUCAGCACAAGAGGACUACCUUUUCUCUGUGAGCUUCCGUCGCUACAACCGAUCUCUGCACGCUCGCAUUGAGCAAUGGAAUCACAACUUCAGCUUUGAUGCCCAUGAUCCCUGUGUAUUUCACUCCUCCACUGUUACAGGACUCUUAGAGCAUUAUAAAGAUCCUAGCUCUUGCAUGUUUUUUGAACCCUUACUCACGGUACCUUUAAAUAGAACUUUCCCGUUUAGCCUGCAGUACAUCUGCAGAGCAGUCAUCUGCAGGUCUACCACCUACGAUGGUAUUGAUUUCCUUCCUCUGCCAUCCAUGUUACAAGACUUCCUUAAGGAGUAUCAUUAUAAGCAAAAGGUCAGAGUGCGAUGGUUGGAGAGGGAGCCAAUUAAGUCGAAAUAAAAAGAAAACGCAUUUCUGUUCCUCCUGUCUCUACCUUCCAAAAUAUCACCUCCUAGAUGUAGGAUAUGCUCAGUUUGUAUCAGAUAACAAAGCACAUGUACCUGUAUUUAGAAGUAAUAGAGUAUGACACUUCAAGCUUUAAGUCUAUGAAUAACCUAUAAUCUGCCUGUUAGGAAGGCCGCUGUGCAUUCUUCAGAACUAUGAAGCCCAACGAUUAUGCUGCAUGUUCUUACGAAUGCUGACCCUUAUCGUACUAACGCUUGGAUGUUCUCCAUGCUCAUUCUCUUGCAGGAGCUGAGGUGUCUACCUGGCUUUUAUUUUAUUUUUUAUUUAUUUUUUUCUUCUAAAAUUAACAGUAGUUUAGAAUAAAACGUUAAUUGUUCACAACUAAAUAAAAUCCCAAGUGAAAAAACUAAAUAAAAUCCCAAGCUGAAAAACAAAGUAAAAUCCCAGAU